GUUUGAAUAGUGCCACCAAAAAAAGAAAGAAAGGAAAUAUUGCAGUAUUUUCCUUGACACACAACACAAGUUGAAAAUGACACUGAAGCAUACUUGAACUCUCCAUUCAUGAUAUAAGUGCGUGUGUAGUGUAGUAUCUAUCUAUCAACCACACAGUGAGUCAAAAUCAAAAUGGGGCAUUCCUCUUCUUCUUCUUCAUCUUCCACUUCAACCCUCGUCAUCUUCAAUCUACUCUUCCUUUUCUUCUCCAUAUCAACUUCUUCUACCGCCACCGCCGAUCUCCGCCUCACACUGGAAGCUAAGAAGCUGGUGAGAGACCUUAAUUUGUUCCCGGAACUCAACCUCAACAUCGCUGCUGAUGCUGCUGCAAGUUCGUCUUCAUUAGAUCCCCAUGGCGGCAAGAUCGUUGAGAAGCGUCUCAAGUUCCCUAACCUAAUCAACGAUGAUGUUGAUGAUGUUUCCGUUGAGGAUCUUGGUCACUAUGCUGGCUAUUACCCCAUUCAACAUUCCCAUGCCGCAAAGAUGUUUUACUUUUUCUUUGAAUCACGCGACCAUAAGGAAGCUCCUGUUGUGAUUUGGUUGACCGGAGGACCUGGGUGUAGCAGUGAAUUGGCUUUGUUUUAUGAAAAUGGCCCUUUCAAAAUUAACGACAACUUGUCUCUUGUGUGGAACGAGUAUGGUUGGGACAAGGUGUCAAACCUUUUGUAUGUUGAUCAACCAACUGGAACUGGCUUUAGCUACAGUACUGAUUUGCGUGAUAUGCGUCAUGAUGAAAAGGGUGUUAGCAAUGACCUAUAUGACUUUUUGCAGGCCUUCUUUGCAGAGCAUCCCCAAUAUGCAAAGAAUGAUUUUUUUAUUACAGGUGAAUCAUAUGCUGGGCACUAUAUUCCUGCUUUAGCAUCUCGUAUCCAUCAGGGAAACCAAGCUAGUGAAGGAAUUCAUAUAAAUUUGAAGGGAUUUGCCAUUGGCAAUGGGCUUACUGAUCCUUUAAUUCAGUAUAAAGCUUACCCAGAUUUUGCACUGGACAUGGGCUUAAUUUCGAAGGGUACACAUACCCGCCUUGGUUUGGUGUUGGUUCCAGCCUGCGAAUUGGCAAUAAAGCUAUGCGGCACUGAUGGAAAGGCUGCCUGCCUGGCUGCAAAUGUAGUCUGUAAUCUCAUAUUCAAUGACAUCCUUUUACACGCCGGAAAUAUAAAUUACUAUGAUAUCAGAAAGAAGUGUGAGGGGAGCCUCUGCUAUGAUUUUUCAAACAUGGAGAAGUUCCUUGACCAACAAUCAGUUCGGGAUUCACUAGGGGUUGGCAAAAUUCGUUUUGUUUCUUGUAGCACUGAAGUUUAUGUGGCUAUGUUGGUCGACUGGAUGAGGAAUCUUGAAGUUGGUAUUCCUGCCCUUCUUGAUGAUGGAAUCAAGUUGCUUGUUUAUGCUGGGGAAUAUGAUCUCAUCUGUAACUGGCUUGGUAAUUCAAGAUGGGUUCAUGCCAUGAAAUGGUCCGGUCAGAAAGAAUUUGUAGCCUCCCCUGAUGCUCCUUUUAUUGUUAAUGGAUCAGAAGCUGGAUUAUUGAAGAACUAUGGUCCUCUGAGUUUCCUUAAGGUCCAUGAUGCGGGUCACAUGGUUCCAAUGGACCAGCCCAAGGCUGCAUUAGAGAUGCUGACGAAGUGGACUCGGGGAACCCUUGCCGAAUCUAUAUCUGGUGAGGAAAAAUUGGUUGCUGACAUGUGAGCCCUUUUGUCGCUUGAGUAGUCUAGCAAAAAGAAACAAAAAUGUAAAGGGAUUGCAGUGGAAGUGAGUACAGUAUCCAGUAGAUAGUAUGUAAUGCAUGUGAUAUCAUCUCAACUUCAUAAAAUCUCUAAAUUGACAAUUACAAAGAACUUCUAUCAUGUAAGAAAAGAACUAUUCUCGAGGACUUCCA